GUGGCGACACCUCUUAUCAUUGCCAACAAGGCGAUUAUACGUGUGCAGUAGCUGUAGCCGAGCUCUCAAAACACAAGGUAGCCUCAGAGCUAACAUCGUAAGCGGUGGAGGGGAGGGACCCUGCCCACCACCUUACAUUGUCGUUGGUACGUGUGCUAGCCAGCCCAGCGAGCUUUCUCGACUACCUCAUUCACCUUCAGCAGCACCCACAAGAAGUAGUUGUCCUGUCAAGGGUGGGGUGAUGCCUGCUAAAGCUGUAUGAUCAUCUCUGCUCUGCCGAUUUUCCAAGAAUGGAUAGGCAAUUGCGCGGUGCGAGCCGACAUCACUUCUCUAGUCUUGGGAGGAUGGAGUGGCUGCAGUGGGCUAGCAAGUCCUGAUUUUUUUUCUUUAAUUUUAUCAACAUGUGAUUAAUGCAAAUGUAGGUAGGAAUGGGAGGAUGAGAACCUUAUGAAGAACAAAGCUUUGAGCACAAACUGGACUCUCACAGAAGGGGAAACCCCAUCUUGGAUCUUAAAUGUCUUUUAAACUUACACAGUCCUGUUAAAGCCCUGUCCCCUCACCAUCUUUAACCACUUUUAUGUUCAUGUAUCCAUCUCCGUCUUCUAGUACUAGUACAGAAGUAUUGAUCCAAGGUAGUUGGCCCCGUUUUUGUUUUUAUUUUUUACUUUCACCUUUUGUUCCUUUGUAAAGAAAUGCUUUACCUGAAAAAGUACUUCACAGAGGGCCUGAUUCAGUUCACCAUCCUUCUGAGUCUCAUUGGGGUGCGGGUGGACGUUGACACCUAUCUAAGCAAUCAGCUGCCCCCACUGAGGGAGAUCAUCCUGGGCCCUAGCUCAGCCUACACCCAGACACAGUUUCACAACCUGCGCAACACGCUGGACGGCUAUGGCAUCCAUCCAAAGAGUGUGGACCUCGACCACUUCUUCACCACACGACGGCUGCUGAACCAGGUGCGCCAGCUGGAUCGUCUCUCUGUGCCGAGUACCGAGCUCAACACCUGGCUAGUGCAUCGUGAUUCUGAGACUGUGGUGUCCGCCAGCAGCCAGACCAGCCCCAGCAUUACCCUGGACAAUGGGGCCGGCCUAGAGGACCUUGACAACCCUGACGCUACCCCGGCCAUGAGGGGAGGAAGUGGAGCACCUGAAUCCACGUACAAUCUGAACGCAGCAGACAGCAGCCUGGGAGCUGUGGCCCUUGAGGGCAACCAGGAGCAGGGCAGCAGGGAUGGCAAUGACGACCUCACCAAAGAGGACAUUGACUUGAUUGACAUCCUAUGGCGACAGGACAUCGACCUUGGUGCGGGAAGAGAAGUGUUCAACUACAGCAACCGCCACAAGGAGAGUGAGGAGGAGAAGCCCAACCCACAGGAGAACAAAGACGGGAAUGAGGAACAAGAGAGCUGGAGGAAUGGAGUAAACCUACAAGGGGCUCAGCCAGUGGACGGGGAGACUGGAGAGAGUAUUCCAGAACAGCUCCCAGGUCUCGGGUCACAGACUUCACUGUCUCUUCAAGAAUGUUUGAGGCUGUUGGAGGCCACAUUCCCUUUUGGAGAAGAAUCUGAGUUUCCAGCCCCAGUGGUCACCCCAGAAAUCGCAGCUUCCAAUGAAGAAGUUCCUUCUACAUCUCAGGGCCUCCCUCUGGCACCACAGCUGCCCACAGCAGAGCCUCAGUUAGACCUGGAGCAGCAGUGGCAAGACAUCAUGGCCAUCAUGGAGCUACAAGCAAUGGAAGUAAACAACACUUCGCUCCACACCAACUCCACCAGUGUGAGUGGCACAAGUGGGACAACUGAGUCAAACAGUGCGGGAAACUUUGAGCUUUCUGCUCGCUCCACACCAAUAAACCAGGAUGUCAGCCUUCACCAGGCCUCCCUCCCCAGCUGCAGCCAAGACUUCCCCCAGAUUUUCAGCCCCCAGUUGGACUCUGUUAGCAUCACCCCAAGAACCACCAUGCUCAGACUUUCCUCCAGCAACUCCACCAACAUCAACUCCACAUUUGGAGCCACUAACCUGACUGGGAUCUUUCUCCCACCACACAUUAACAGUUCCAGUAACAACAUUACAUCCACACCUGUCCUGCCCGAUCCCUUCGGCAUCAUGCUGGAGGAGUCCAUGCUCGAUGAGAUCAGCCUGCUGGACCUUGCCAUGGAGGAGGGCUUCAGCCAGGCCCAGGCAUCCCAGUUGGAGGAUGAGCUUGACUCAGAUUCUGGUCUUUCCCUGGACUCCAGCCACAGCCCGGCCUCGCCGAGCAGCUCGGAGACAUCCUGCUCCUCUGCAGCUUCUUCCUCCUCAACGUCUGCCACCUUCUCAGAGGAGGGAGCUGUGGGAUACAGCACUGACUCUGAGGUAGCCACUGUGGAGACGGAGGAAGGUGCUGUUGGGGGUUACCAGCCCGGGUACAGUAAGCUCUGCCGAAUGAGCUAUCAGGACCCCUCCCAGUUCCACAGCCUCCCUCAGCUCGACAGCAUCAGCCACAAUCAUACUUACAACCUGCCGCUUUCCUCUGCGUUCACCGAGCACCCAGAGCUCCCCAUUUCAACCGGGAAGAAGACUGUCCGCGACAAACAGAGCUCAAAGCUUCAGCCCGCACAGGACUUACUUGACAAGCACUCCAGUCGUGAUGAGCGCCGAGCUCGGGCCAUGAAAAUCCCCUUCUCCAAUGACAAGAUCAUCAACCUGCCUGUUGAAGAGUUCAAUGAGCUUCUAGCCAAGCACCACCUGAGUGAAGCUCAGCUAGCCCUCAUCCGCGACAUCCGCAGGCGUGGCAAGAACAAGAUGGCGGCCCAGAACUGCCGCAAGCGCAAAUUGGACACCAUCAUAAACCUGGAGCAGGGCGUCCAAGACCUGAGGCGUGACAAGGCCCGGCUGCUGAAGGAGAAGAUGGAGUUCAUCCGUUCCAUCCGGCAGAUGAAGCAGAAAAUGCAGAGUCUGUACCAAGAGGUGUUCGCUCAGCUACGAGAUGAGGAGGGCCGGCCCUAUCCUCCCAGCGAGUACUCGCUGCAGUACAGUGCCGAUGGCAGCGUGCUGAUCAUGCCCCGCGGCGUGACGACUGCUGAGCAGAACCGUAAGCCCGAGAAAAAACAAAAAGACAAAAAGAAGUGAGGCGGAGAGACUGCUGUUUAUUCUAUCACUUUGCUAAAUCAAUAAGAAAGAUUUCUGCAGAUGCAAGAGAAAUGUCCUUUUUUCCUUUAAGAAGAUUCUGGUGAGUAGAAAAAUGGCAUUGUUGACUACUCUUCCUGAAUUAGUUUCUCCCUUUUCAUUCUGUUCCAACAUUUUUUUUUUUCCUGGAAAAACUUCGAAGCAGAAGUAGCUCUUCGUUUGAGUACUGAUAUUUCAUUAUUUAGACGGGGAGAAAACAAUAAGCGAGGAGAAGAGGGAUAUAAAAGGACAUAAAAUGAGCUAUUAGAAAAAAUUUUUAGCUGCUCUUGAUCCUUUUGCACCAAACCACUGAGGAUGGAGAAGAUUUGUAGGGUAAACGAAGGGACUGGUAUUGAGAAAAGUUGGAGUAAAAGAACACUGACGACAAGGAUGGUUGGAAUACCUAUGCACUGAAGGUUUUAAAGGACUCUCAGAUCACAUCCCACCCUGGAGAUUACUGGUGAUUUUCAUAGCCACUGAGGCUUUUAAGUUGCAGAUCUUCAGGCAAAGAACAGCACCAAUGGUUGUGAGAGUUUAGAUACCAAAGGCUAAAGGAAGUCCAUCAUUUUCGGAUGCCAUUAACACCUAUACUAACCAAAGGUUGUAUGGUGCACCUCACUUGAUCUGAAUACAUCUUAAAUGCUCAAACACUGCACUCUAAUUCUGUAGGUUUGGAUCACAGAUUCCAGUCUUUGAGUCAGUUUGUGAGUGGCAUCUCAGUUCAGAAGGCCCCAAAGAGAUUGGGUUGGAUGUGUGGAAGGAGGAUGUUGAGACAAGAAGGAGCGAGAGGCUGAGUGUUCCCGGGUUGGCCCCUGCUAAAGGAGGCCUGGAGGUGAAGUCCUACAAGAGGAGGAGGUGGAUGUGUUAGGGAGGAGGCACACUGCAUUGCAAAAUGUAUCAACUUCCUUAUAAAUUAUACAUAGCACUGUAAUUCGUCUUUAAAAGGCUUGGCUAUAUGCAUUUUGCCGUGUCUGUCGCUAUUCCUUCGCUGCAGGUUUAAAUACGGGAGCUGCGUUAAGGAAGGCUCUUAUUAACUGUUCGUAAUCUGUAGUAUAAGCAAGGUUAUAGGUCUAGCCACAUCAGCUUUACAUAAAAGUCUACACCUUCUUUGUUGAUUUGAAAACUUUGCGCAGAGCCUGUAAUCACAAGAGAAUUUAAGACAUGGUGACGAGCCGGGAGCUCCAGAGAGUACUGUACGAUUAGCACCAACUCCAGGCUGUGACCGAUGGUUCUCCCGAUGCCCCGUUUGAAGCAUUAACUUGAGACAGGCUCAGUUGUCACUGUGGCGUGGCGGCAUCCCUUUGAAGUAACUUAUUUGCCAAUGUUACCCGAUUGAAAGCCACCGGAGGCGAUUUUUUUUUUUUUUUUUUUUUUCUUAAACUGCUGUAAAGCCGAGUUGUUUGGCUUCAAUAUUAUGAGUCCUAUGUUUUUAAGUUUUUGUGUUGAUAACAAAGUGAGCCAAGUUGUGACAAGAGAUAAAAAGUUAUUUGAAUGUGUGAAAUGAUCGUGUGUGUUGUGGCCACUUUGAUUUGAAUGCCUUUAUUUCACAAACUCAUUAACUUCACUUUAAAGGUUUUGAGAACUUCAGAAAAAUGUUCUCAAAGUAGAAGUGCUAUUACUCGUCUCUUCGAAUGAAGUUCGUCAGUACGUGUUGCAUCACCCUCUGUAAAAAAAAAAAAAAAGAAAAAAGAAAAUAGGUCAGUUGUUGCAGCUGAGAUAGCAGUUAGGCUAGAAUAUUUACAAGAGGCUGAACAGAACCCGCAACAUUAAGAUGAUGUCCAAAAAACCUGUCUUUGAAAGGAGAACCGUUCUCAUUUAAUGUGAUAUUCAGGCAUGAAACUCUGGUUAACAUUCACUUCAGUGUAACCCAGUGCAACACCAACUAUUUAGUACUGCUACUACUUAGUGCACUUUUUUUUUGUCUGUCUUGUUAUGUAAAUAUUUUCAUGUUUGUGUUUGUCAUGAUUUAUGAGGUUUGUCAAAUGUCUCCAUAACAGUCUCACCCUCUGCUUUGAGUUUGGAUGUAGUUCCCUGUUUUGAGAUAUUUGCUGGCAAUCAAGAAUUGUUUUUAUUGAUUAAUAAAGUGUUUUUAUUUUCACCUGUGA